GAAUUAGCUUUCUUAGCACAUAGGUUAUACAAUUUGUAUAAAUUAAAAUCAUCCUAUACAAAACUUUCUCAUCAUCAAUCAAUAAAACCAUAACUCGUUACACAUCUAUAUUACAUAAAAUUGUUUACUUUGUAUAUCCUAUUGAUCAACAAAAAAAACAGCAUCAAUAUGACAGGAACACCCCAAGAAGAUCACUCACAUGUACCAUCACAACCACAAACACCACAACAACCAGAGACAACAUUGAAGGAUCAUGACGAAACUAAGAAGUGGGGGACUCACGUAAUGGGACCGCCUUCGAAUCCGACGGCCCAUCCGGACAACCAACAGGCGGCGUUAUGGAGGGCGGAUGAUCAACAAAGACAAUAUUUCCAUGAUCAGCCUUACUUGGUUUACUCUCCUAUGGAUAAAGCACCUAGCAAUAACCCUCUUCAGCCUGUUAUUCAUGCUUUUAACUCUUGGAGCCAAAAGGCCGAGACUAUUGCACGUAACAUUUGGCAUAACUUGAAAACAGGGCCAUCAGUGUCAGGCGCAGCUUGGGGAAAGAUCAAUCUAACAGCAAAGGCGCUCACUGAGGGUGGAUUCGAGCCGCUUUUCAAGCAGAUCUUCCAAACUCAGCCUGAUGAGAAGCUCAAAAAGACCUUUGCUUGUUACCUCUCCACACAAACAGGACCUGUUGCAGGAACCAUGUACCUGUCUAAUGCCAGAGUAGCCUUCUGCAGUGACCGCCCACUUUCCUUCAUUGCUCCUUCUGGCCAAGAGGCUUGGAGCUACUACAAGGUUAUGAUACCAAUGGCACAAAUAAGCAUGAUAAACCCAGUGACAAUGGGAGCGAAUUCGACCGAAAGAUACAUUCACGUUACAACAGUGGACAACCAUGAGUUCUGGUUCAUGGGAUUUGUUAAUUUUGACAAGGCGAACCACUAUCUCAUUGAGACACUCACUACAUUUAGGGCCGCUGAAUAUGGUCCCCAUGCUGCUGCUGCUGCAGCAUCACAUUAGUAAUCUUAUAUGGAUGAUGGAUCAUCUACUUGAUUGUAUAAUAUGGUUGUUGCUUUUAUGGUACAAGUCUUUUGGGCUCACUUAGCAUGGAUUUAGCAUAUGUAUGAUUCUUCUUCGUUUGUUAGGUUGUUGUAGGACGUAUGGUUUGCAAUGGUAUGUUCCUUAGUUUUUGAUUGAUGUGAUGUAGUCAUGUACAUUGUUGUUAUGUUGUACUUCAUUACUUUAAUUUAUGGUAAAUUUUGUUCAAUAA